AUGCGACCGGGCUAUCUUUUUAUAUUAUGGUCUUUACUAGUGACAUCUCUCGCGGUCUUUGCAAAGCCAAUUCAAACACCCGCACCGGUAUUUGGCCUGUCACCUCGAGAUGUGACCGCAACGACCACGGCAAAAGCAACAGCCACAGAUCCAACAUCGACAACAACGGAAACAGGAUUUCACUUGACAUUGAGUCUGAACCUACCCUCCAACACUUGUACACCCACUGUUGCACCAGACAAGAAUGGCUGGGUUCCUGCUUCGCAAUGCAACGCCCUCUAUCUCUACUACCCAUCUUUCGGCACAGCAAUUGCAUUCACCAUCCUCUUCGGCUUACUCACGAUGGCGCAUCUUGUUCAAGCUACUAUCUACAAGGCAGGCUUUGCUUGGGUCGUUCUGAUGGGUGUUGCAUGGGAAUGUGUUGGCUACAUCACCCGUGCAUUGAGCACACGCAAUCAACAGGAUACUACGAUUGCCACCAUUACCCAAAUCUUCAUACUUCUGGCACCAUUGUGGGUCAACGCCUACUGCUACAUGGUUUUAGCUCGGAUGAUCUACUUCUUCAUACCGGAACGUCAAAUCGGAAUAUUUAGGCCCUCGCUUCUAGCAACAGUCUUUGUCUUCCUUGACUUUGGCUCCUUCAUCAUCCAAAUUAUCGGCGGCAUGAGUGCAAGCCCAGGUCAAUCCAACGAAGAAGUUAUGAAAGGAAUCCACAUAUACAUGGCAGGCAUUGGGAUCCAGCAAUUCUUCAUCAUUUGUUUCCUUGUUCUCACCAUCCAGUUUCACAGACAGAUGUUGCAGCUGGACCGCUCGGGAAGAUUAUUCCCAGAAAAGCGGCGUUGGAGACAUCUACUGUACGCUUUGUACGGAAGUCUUUUGUUCAUUACAGUGCGCAUUAUCUACCGUCUGGUCGAAUUUUCGGCUGGUGAGACAACCGCAAAUCCCAUUCCUUAUCAUGAAUGGUAUAUGUAUGUAUUUGAUGCGGUGCCGAUGCUCUUUGCUAUUGUGGUUUGGAACGUAGCACCACCUGGUGCGGUGUUACAGGGCCCUGAUGCGAAGUUACCGCCCAGUGGAUUGCGCAAGCUUCUUACUUGUUGGAACUGUUGUAAUUUGUGCGUUUGCUGUGGCUGUGCGUGCUGUUGUCGAACGUGUAGGAAGCGGGAAAAGAAAAGGAUGCAACGGAUUCCGGACUCAGGAGGGGAGGAGAUGUUGCCGCUGAGGGAGACUUCACCAUAUCGUUAG